ACUGAUUCCCUCACUAGUGCGCUGACUACUGAACUAGGGAGCAGAUUGAGACGCACCCAGAGAUUUAGAUUGAGUUUAUUCUUCUUUCUGUUCAUUGUUCUCAUCUUAAACAGGACAGUGUUCAAACACACAGAAAAACUGCUGAAGAUACUGAGACACACACUGUUAUAAAGAUGGAGUUUAUUAAAGAGGAGAGAGAAGACGUGAAGAUUGAAGACACAUUCAGAGUCAAACAUGAAGAUACUGAGGAACAAACAAAGAUGGAGUUUAUUAAAGAGGAGAGUGAAGAUGUGAAGAUUGAAACAUUAAGAGUCAAACAAGAAGAAACUGAGACACAAACAGACCUGAAAGAAGAGAGUGAAGAACUGAAUGAAAUGCAAGAUAAAGAUCAUUACAAAAAACAACAUGAAUUCAUAACUGGACAAAAAUCAUUUAGUUGCUCACAGACAGCAAAGACUUCCUCACGAAAAAGAGCUCGAAAGACUAGAUCUAGAAGUAAUUUCACCUGCCAACAGUGUGGAAAGAGUUUCAGCCAUCAAGGAAAACUUGAAGUCCACAUGAGAAUUCACACUGGAGAGAAGCCCUUCAUCUGCAAACAGUGUGGAAAGAGUUUCAAUGAACAUGGAAACCUUAGAGUCCACAUGAGGAUUCACACUGAAGAGAAGCCUUUCACCUGCUCUCAAUGUGGAAAGAGUUUUACUCAUAAAAGCACUUUUAAUGCCCACAUGACUAUUCACACAGGAGAGAAGCCUUACACCUGCAAACUGUGUGGAAAUAAUUUUGUUGGAAAAGGAAGCUUUAACAUGCACAUGAGGAUUCACACUGGUGAGAAGCCUUACACAUGCUCUCAGUGCGGAAAGAGUUUCACUCAACAAGGAAACUUUAAGAGGCACAAGAGAAUUCACACUGGAGAGAAGCCAUUCACAUGUAAACUGUGUGGAAACAGUUUCACACGACAAACAAGCUUUAACGGGCAUAUGAGAAUUCACACCAGAGAGAAGCAUUAAACCUGCAAACUGUGUGGAAGAACUUCACUACAAAACUGAACCUUAACUAUCACAUGAAUAGUCACACUGGUGACAUGAUCAGUGGAAAGAGUUUUAGGCAUAAAGCAACCAUUAAUAAUCACAUGAGGCUUCACACUGGAGAGAGACCUUUUAUGUGUCUUCAGUGUAAAACGUUUUUCACAUAUCAAAAAGACCUCAAACAUCAUUGUUGCAAGCAGGAUGGGGCCGAGAGCCGUGGGAAGGGAUUGAGGUCACGAGUUUCAUGGAAGGUUCCUGCCUCCUUGCUCUGUUCCCACGACUCUCAGCACCACCCUGCUUGCUACAUGUAAACUGAUGUAAAAAUUUGUAGCGUUUCAGAUACUAAGACUUGAUCAGGGCUGCGUUUAUCAAAGCAUUAUAAGCUUAAGGACAUCGUAGACCCAUUGAAACCACCAAAGCUUACAAUGCUUUUGGGGAAAUGCAACCCAGAAUUUUGUUAAAACAAUGCAAAGAACUGAAUUUCACAAGAUGCCCUGAGUCUCUAACACUGGAUGACCAUAAAACUGAGACCUGUCACCUAACAGCCUGAGUAAACUAGUUACUCCUCUACAGAUGAUUUUAUAAACUAGUGACUGUAUAAAAAUAAAAAAAGCAUUCUCAACUUUAGGCAGUUAACCCAAGAUAAAUGGGUCUAGAGACACACAUUCUGAAUCUCACAGGGAAAAUCAUAAGACAAAAGUGGGAUUUCCUCUCUCAAGAUCAAGAGCUAAAGCCAGACUCCAUUUUGACCUCUUUCUUGCAUGACUGGAAUCCUCUCUAAAACCCACAGAGACUGUCUUUACAUAUAAAAAUGCUUCAGAUAAUUCCAAAAUGAGGCUAUCAGAACUUCAUUUGAAUAAUUCUACAUCAUGUCUGACAGUCAUCCACAUAAUACAGUACAUACAGUAGAUGGCCAUCCAAAACA